AUGGCGUGGUUUACAUGGAAUAAGCAAAAGUCGCCUCAGAUUGAGCAACGCUCACAUACGCGCAUGGAAACGGCACCAGAGUCGGACAUCGCCCACACAUUGAAUCAGAUUUCAUCCGAGGACUCGCUUCCUCGCGUACAGGUGUUGUCGGCUGAAUCAUACAAUGAAACCAUACAAGUCAGUUUGCCAGAUUUUGUGUCGCAGCGGCCAGAGAAACUUGUUCAUUCAUUGAUGGGAGAAAAAUAUGCCUGA